CACACAUCCUGCUGUUUCUGCUGGGUGUGACAGGGAGUCAUGUGGGACAGGAAGUAGAAGAAAUCCAUUUUAAAAUAUCCAAAAUCACCUUCAGGUUGCUGCCAAGCAGGAUGAGCACCACUGUCUCUACCUCAAGUACAUUUCUGUCAGAAGAGGAGCCUGUGGUAGGCCUUUGGGGCUGUGAACUGAACAGCAGUAUGAGGAAGUGUGUAGUGAAGGAGGAAGACAACUUAAAGGAACAAAUAGUGUAUCUGAAAUCGGUGUCUCUGGGAGAGGAAGCAGAGGAUGAGCUGCAUGUGGUGGCAGUUGAGUCCAAAGACAUGAGCAGUGUCUGCAAACCCUUGCCCGUUGCAUCAUUGCAGCGCUCUGUCUUACCAAUGGUCAGCCUGGGCAACUUUGAACUCACCCCUCCUGUUGCCUUUGUGCUAAAGUCUGGGACUGGACCGAUCUAUCUUGUAGGUCAACACUUGAUCUUGGAAAGUGAUUACGAGGCACCAGUAUACGAUACCCAGAUGGAUGAUACUCAGACGGAUGAUACUCAGACGGAUGUAGACACCCAGAUGGAUGAUACCCAGACAGCUGUAUACUUCCAGAUGACUGGUACCCCGGCCAAUGUAGAUUAUACCCAGAUGAAUGUAGAUUAUGGUGGGAGCAAUGAUGAUACUGUGGAUUAUCCUGGUGUCACCCCAGAAGCAUCUGGGCCCCUCAUACCCCAAAGACCGCCUUUCUGCAUUUGAGCCUGGAUGGACCUUAA